UGACGUCACUAGCAAAGAUGGCUAUUCGCGUAUCAUGAUAUUUGAUUGUCUAUUGAAAAGUUCUUCCAUGAGAUGUCAUUCACAACGUACAACCCAAAUUAAAGGAAAUUAUCAGAAUAAUCAGCCUUUACUUUGCACAUAAUUAUGGAUAUUCGAAGUGGCACUGCAACCUGGACUACAUCAGAUGCAAGCAUACCUACAAGUGAUAUUUUUCUGAAAGCAGGCCCCAGUGGAAGGAUCCAGGCUUUAAGGACUCAGAAGGAGAAAGAAAGAAAUCCAGAUCGGAUUUGUCUCAACAGAAGAGGUCUCACGAAAUUCCCGCUACUAGUAGGGGAAACAAAGAUUCGUCUACUGACACUCCAACAUAACCUCAUCACCAGACUUGAUGGUGUGUCAACACAAGGACUCAAAAGACUUGUCUUCCUUGAUAUUUAUGACAACCAACUUGAACGCAUUGCCAGUCUUGAUUCUCUUCAGAAUCUUCGUGUCCUACUGAUAGGGAAAAACAGAAUUCGACGUAUCGAGGGUCUGAACUAUCUCAUGAAGCUGGAAGUUCUAGAUCUUCAUGGGAAUCAAAUUACACAAGUUGGUGGAUUGUCAGCACUGAGCGAGCUCAAAGUUCUCAACCUUGCAGGCAAUCAGAUUAGAGUUAUAGGUGCAUCUGAUCUCCAGGGUUUACGGUCACUGCGAGAACUUAACCUGAGACGCAACAGGAUAAAAUCCUUGCUGGGUUUUCGAGAAACACCACAACUACAGAAACUGUUCCUAAGUAACAAUGAACUCCAUGUUGUUGAUGACAUGAGCAGCAUAGUGACAGCCACACAGCUGAGUGAGGUCACUGUGGACGGCAACCCCGUGUCACUGGGUGGCGACUGUGUGUCAUUUCUGGUCUCGUAUCUUCCCUGUCUGAAGCUUCUGAGUUGCAUGGAAGUCACUGAACCAGUGAGAAAGGCUGCAGCAGUUUGGCGAAACAGUAAGGAAUCUUCAAUGCUCAUGUCCCAGCACGGCACUGAAACGUGCGCAGACAUUCGGAGAAAGGAGGUAAUUUCUAACGCUAGAACCAACUGGGAACUCUUACGUUCACAGACACAAUGUUUAUCCUCUUCCACUUUUAGCGGGUCUCUAAAAGACCUGCGUAACAUUGCAGACUAUGAGGCUGGAAAUGAAAGAUAUGUUCAGAGUGACUCUGGUGUGAGGAGUGUCACCUCUUCUGUGUGUACAAAUCAAUACAGACCAGGAACUAACGUGUGGGAGAGACUUAAGAGUGCGCGACCAGCACUGCUAAACACAGCAGAGAAGAAACGAUCGUGUUAUGCUCGUCGUUCCUCGUCACAGGAACUGGACGCUUCUCAACAGACAUCAUCAUCCACUGCCGCGAGCAUUGAUUUCUUUCGACUUCCUCCGAUCAUUGCACCUCCGUCGAAUGAAGAGAAGGCUUCUCACGGGAAUGGUGUAAGUCAAGUGAAUGAAAAUGCUGCACAGCGUGAUGAAAUGAAACGAUGUGACAGUGUAUCGAGCGUUGAACCCAAUGUUGACAGUUCAUUGAGCUCUCUCCCUAGUGAUUCCAACAGCAGUAGUGGCAAGAUUGACAUAAGCAGCAGCAGCGAACAUUCAGAAUCAGAAUCAAGUGAAGAGCCUACUUCUCCUCAGGAAGCAGCGAUGGGAAAUGCCAGGCCUCCGAGGAAUGUGAAGAGUGCAACUCACUACCGCAAGAAUGUGUCUCGCAGGGCACAGACGAGGGCUGCCACAGGACGAGUACAACAGAAACCCUCGGUGCAUCAGGGCAGGGUGCGGGAGCAAGGGGGAGACUUCCUUAUAGAAAUAUGUGGCCGGUUCCUCAACGUCUAUGGGCAAGGUGCUCUCCGUUUCAUAGACCGUCCGUGGAAUUCUGGGAAAGCUGCAGAUGUGAAUACAGUGAAAUUCAAUUACGUUAACUUCAACAGCAUCAUUCCAAUUUUGUGCCGCAUCAAGCACAGGUUCCCAAAUGCCGAGCACUUCAUCUUCCAAGAGACCAACAUUCACUGUCUUGGUCAGCUCAAUGCUUUGGCUGACAUUCAGGGUCUAACCUCGCUGUGUAUCGAAUCUGACGGAAAUUCAAUCACCCAGAAGGAGUGGCAGAAGUACGCCAUCUACAGGCUUUCACACUGGGGUCUCAGGACUAUCAAUGGGAUGGACGUACCAGAUGAGGAGGUCGCAGCCGCGUCAAACGAGUUCCAGGGUCUCGGCGACAUCGUGCUGUGCUCGCUGCCUGAUGCACUGUUGCAGCCUCUGCUGGGACGUGUCCACGUAGAGGGCUCUCAGUCCCUCAUACAGCAGUCUGUCAAUGCCAAGCAGUGGCUUUGGAGUGCAGACCCUGCAUUGCGUAGUGUCAUCGCAAAGGAGGCUCUCCAGUGGCGGAAGGGCACGCUGUCCCAGGAAGACAUGAUGUGGCGACACAAGGGUAGAUGCCAUCUGAAUUCAUUGAUAGAAGUGGCAUGUGCUGCAGUAGAGAAGCUGAGAUUGUUAGAACAAGAGUGGCCGGCCAUCUUGUCCGAACUAGUGCAAGAGACGCUUGUUGACUACUCUCAUCUUGACUCUUACAUGAAGAAAUGUAUCCAUGGUCUCAGAAUAUAGUUUCAUCAAAUGGUUAUUCUAUGACCACAAACA